UCUGUGUUCAAGAACCUCCGUUUUGGAUUAUAGAUAUGAAUGAUGACACUUAAGUACAACUUUUAUAGUGGUCAAACUUAAUAAAUUCCACUUAAGACAAAGAAAAACAGUAAGUGUUAAUUUGUCUUGAACUUACUGAAGUAUGUAAAUUCCGUUUGCGUAAAACAGUUGUUAACAUAUGCAAUUAAUUGCGUGGGCGUUACUCCUUGUUACAACAAUGCCCCUAGCAUUUGUCUUAAAUCUUGUAUUGAAUACCUAAAACACCCUUCUCUUCUCCCAUAAACCACAACAUUACCCUUAAUCAUCAUAUAAAACGUCUUGUCCCUCUUCCAUAGAUUUCCACAGAAACCAAACCAAGAGCCGGAAAUCAAAAACAGUAAUAAAAGAUCAACUGCAAGAAAAUGGCUCUUCCUCUCGAGCUCGAAAGCCUCACUGAAGCCAUCUCAGCUGGUAAUUGUAAUAUUUAAUUCUUGAUUUUAUUAUGGUUCUUGGAAGAUACAAAGAAUGAUUUGGAUUUGAGAUUGAAAAUCUAAAAAAUGUAUGUUUGUUGUUUAUAGGGAUGGGAAUGGGAGUUGAUGAGAAUGCAUUGAUAAGCACACUGGGGAAAUCGCAAAAGGAACAUAGAAAAUUGUUUAGGAAAGCAAGCAAAAGUUUCUUUGUUGAAGAUGAGGAAAGAGCUUUUGAGAAAUGUCAUGAUCACUUCGUCAGACACCUCAAGCUUGAGUUCUCCCGCUUCAAUACUGCGGUGGUGAUGUGGGCAAUGCAUCCAUGGGAGAGAGAUGCAAGGUUGGUGAAGAAAGCUUUGAAGAAAGGAGAAGAAGCUUACAACCUCAUCGUUGAGGUCUCAUGCACACGCUCUGCUGAGGAUCUCCUCGGUGCACGUAAAGCUUACCACUCUCUCUUCGACCAAUCAAUGGAAGAAGACAUUGCCUCUCACGUCCACGGUCCUCAGCGCAAGUUGCUUGUGGGGCUCGUGAGUGCUUAUAGAUACGAAGGAAAUAAGGUGAAGGAUGAUUCUGCCAAAUCCGAUGCUAAGAUUCUAGCCGAAGCAGUGGCUUCUUCAGGCGAAGAAGCCGUGGAGAAGGAUGAGGUUGUUAGGAUUUUGACCACAAGAAGCAAACUUCAUCUCCAACAUCUCUACAAACACUUUAACGAAAUCAAAGGCUCUGAUCUUCUUGGGGGUGUAUCUAAGUCUUCUCUUCUCAAUGAAGCAUUGAUUUGUUUGCUCAAACCGGCUCUGUAUUUCAGCAAGAUUUUGGAUGCGUCUCUGAACAAAGACGCAGACAAGACUACCAAGAAAUGGUUGACAAGAGUGUUCGUUACAAGAGCAGAUCAUAGUGAUGAGAUGAAUGAGAUCAAAGAAGAGUACAAUAACCUUUAUGGUGAGACUUUGGCUCAAAGAAUCCAAGAGAAGAUAAAAGGGAACUACAGAGAUUUCUUGCUCACACUUCUCUCCAAAUCCGAUUGAUUUCGUGUUGAGAAACCUAUUACCAAUACUUUUGGUUAUUGAAGAUUUAUGAUUUCCCUUUUUAUGGUUUUAUGUUUCUAAUUCCUAAAUUUGCGUUUUCUCUACCGUUUGGUAAUAAAGACAUGAAAAUUUGAUGAACUCGGUGAAUCGAGAGUAAGAGUUUUGCGAUUGUGACAAUGAGUGAUUAAUACAAGGAUUAAGCUCCAAUAAAAAAAUGUUGCAUAAAUCAGAAAUGAAACUUGUAACUCUUCUUUUCUUUAUGUGAAACUUGUAACUCUAUUUGAAAGAUUCUAUGUGACCACUAAACCGAAUUACGG